CCGGAUCUAUUCUCUGCAUCCUAUCUUGCACCACACGUCUCUGUCCACUCUUUUAGCAGGCCAACAAUGAUAUACGAUACCUCCACCUCAGCCUCUGACUCAAAGGAUCUGGAGAUCAGAGGAUCGCCUGGUGGUGAAAAUGAGCGCCCAUCGACACCAAACCAUGCCAACGCGUGGGUGGAGGAUCCCAACCAUCCUCGUAACUGGCCGAAAUGGAAGAAAAAUGCCCAGAUUCUAAUGGUGGCGUUUCACUCCAUGGGAGCCUCAUUCAUGGCUGCGGGCAUCAUACCUGCCUAUGAUCUCAUGGCAGAGGAAUAUGAAGUGCCGGUUGAAUCGCUCACUUAUCUUACAGCGACUCAGAUCCUGCUCCUAGGAAUCAUACCCGUCUUUUGGAAACCAAUUAGCUCGAUAUAUGGCCGCUUCCCUGUCUUCCUUUUUGCUGUGUUCGGUUGUAUGAUCUGCAACAUUGGCGCAGUCUUCUGCCACUCCUACGGAGCCCAGAUGGCUACCCGAGUGUUUGCUGCCAUCUGUAUCAGUCCUGCCACUGGUAUAGGCAGCGGCGUGAUUGUAGACCUAUGUGAGCCACAUGAACGUGCCCAGAAACUCGGAUGGUGGGUCCUACUGCUCACAUUAGGCACCCCCUCUGGGCCGCUGAUUAUGGGAUUCGUGAGUGGACACCUCGGCUGGCGCUGGGUGUUCUGGGUCCUGACCAUUAUAAACUUCGUACAGUUCAUACUGUACGUGCUGCUCGGAGACGAAACGAUAUACCCCAUGGAAGGUGCCCCUCCGAUCAGAUCGUUGGGUGGCUUCUUCAACAAGUUCAUUCCUCGUCGGCUUGAUCCACGUCCUUUGACAGCCUACUCCUUUAUUGAACCCAUGCUCGCUUCGAAACACCCACGGGUGAUAGUUCCUAUAUUAGCUCAGUCCAUAGUGUUCUGCUAUGCGAAUAUCGCGCUUAUCGUUGAGAUGCCCAUCGCCUUUGGGGAGAGAUUCAACUUGAAUGAACAGCAAAUUGGGCUUCAAUUUAUUGCUAUCAUUGUGGGAUCUCUCAUCGGCGAGCAGCUGGCAGGACCUACAUCAGACUGGUUUCUCCGAGUGAUUGACAGAAAAAAGGGCUCGCAUAGACCAGCAGAUCGCCUUUGGUUGUCCUAUAUCGGGUUUGCUACUGUAAUCGCCGGGUUGCUGGUCUGGGGAUUUCAACUGGACAAUGCAUCCUCCACGUGGAAUAUCACACCUCUAAUUGGGGCUGGAAUUAGCAGCUUUGGAAAUCAGAUCAUCAGCACGAUUCUGAUGACGUUUUCGGUCGACAGCCACAGGGAUCUUGCGACAGACAUCGGUGUUUGUCUGAGUGUUUACCGCCAACUUUAUGGAUUUGUGGGACCUUUCUAUUUUCCGGCCAUGUUCAAUACCCUGAAAUUUGCUGGUUCAGCCGGCGUUAUGUGCGGUCUGAUUGCUGUUUUUGCUCUGAUCCCUAUAGUUACUAUCCAAUUUACGGCCAGGGGCUGA